AGCUAUCCCUAUGAAAUAAAAUGGCUCCUGAAAUUUUUCUUUGUCCCUUUCCUCGUUGAUUUAUCCACCUUGCCGGUUGCCAAGUGUCUCUUCCAUAUGUAAACCAUUCGCACGGUGAACUGUGUGGACUAGCGUCGGGUUCUAACAUGCAGUCAAACCGGUAACUGACAUCUUGUCUCAUGAAGGGUCCAACGGGAGGUCCUCGAGAAGACAGCCUCACUGGACUUCUUGUCAGAUCAACAUCGACGAACUGGUCGACGAAUUCGGUGAUUGCGGUUGACGCAGGUACCCUUGUUUCAGGAAUUAUUCACACUCUGGAGCAAUACAAUGUGGAAUUAAGAGAUGGCUCGUAUACGAUGGAUGAAGGGCCUUUUGCCGGCCUCAGAAUGCCGUACAAGUCGGCUCAAGCCAAUGCUGCACAUAUCUUCCGUGACAUCAUUGGAGCUGUCCUGAUCACGCAUGCUCACUUGGAUCACCUGUCCGGCCUGGCGAUCAACACACCCAUGCUUGAAGCAGGAAACGGACCCAAACCUUUGGCCGCUCUACCGUCGAUUGUCGCCGCCAUAAAAAACCAUAUGUUCAACGACGUGAUCUGGCCAAAUCUGUCCGAUGAAGAUGGCGGGGCAGGUCUACUGACAUAUCAACGUCUCGUUGAAGGAGGGAAUCCAAGAUUCGGGCGUGGAGAUGCUAAGGGGUAUAUCCGGGCCUGUGACGGUCUUCUAGCCCGAUGCCUCGGCGUCAGUCAUGGGCGAUGUAGGCAACGCUUUCACCCGGAGACUGGUACUCACCACCGCGUGGGCAGCUCAGUCUUUGCCGCUGAUCCACUGAUGCUGCCUUCCAGAGCUAUAUCUGUCGAUCACUCUACGGACGCAGGGAUAUAUUCUCCAGCUCGCUCUCCCCGAAUGCUCUCAGCAAACUCGAAAGAGCCCAUUUGGGCAACAGUGGAGAGCUCUGCAUUCUUCAUCCGUGAUCACGAUACUGGCAAUGAGAUCAUUAUCUUCGGCGACGUCGAGCCCGACUGUGUAUCGCUUGACCCACGCAAUAAACGCGUCUGGGAGGCAGCAGCACCGAAAAUUGCGACCGGUAAAUUGCGCGCCAUCUUUAUUGAAUGCUCAUAUGACGAUUCUGUCGAAGAUGCAACCCUAUACGGUCAUCUCUGUCCGCGACACCUGAUUGCGGAACUGACCUUGCUGGCCGGGAAGGUUAUGGAGGCCCGGCACCCGCGUAUCGCGAUACCGAGCAUCGGAAAGCGUAAACACUCAGAUUCCAACACGUACGGCGGAAGUGGGGGCCAAGUGAGUCCGAAAUCCAAGCGUCCUCAGAGCUUCUCCAUUGCAGCCGGCAAGAGGGCCGACAUGGCUUCUGCUACGGUCGACAUGCGACCGCGAUUCUACUCAACCGCGGAAGGCUUGGUUCAGAUCCCUGAGCUGGUUCAUGACGAGCCGACACCCAGCUACUACGAGCCCGACGAUGUAAGCGAUACUGGAAAUCCCGCGGAUCCUGAACCACAGUCCACCAGUCCUGGAGAAGCUCAGACCGGUGACUCUGGACAGCUUCCGCUGUCGGGCUUAUCUAUCUAUGUCAUACACAUCAAAGAAGACCUGACUGAUGAUAUCCCGCCUCGAGAACGGAUUUUACAACAGCUUCGAUCCCGAGGCGAAGCCGCUAGACUAGGCUGCGAGUUUUACGCUCCCCAUCGCGGAGAAGGCAUCUGGAUUUGAAACGGGAAAAUUUGGGGAAAGCAAUUUUUUCCUUGCAGUCAUAAUCAUGGGUGCUGGCUGCUAGUAGUCCACUUUCUUGCACCCCAGAAUUUUGUACGAGCCUGGUUUUGAGCGUUUCAAACGAAGGAAGCGAAGGACACCUUCAUAUUUUAUUUGCAACGAGGCAGUCCCGACUAUGCGUCUACGACGUUGAUCUGAUCUACCCUAGUCCAUGACCCCUAUACGUCGAGAGCAGAACUCAUCGAGAAUCACUAUGGCAUUUCUCACGGCUGCUGGUCAGUCCA